AUGACAAAGAAAAGAAGGAAUAACAGUAGUGCCAAAAAGGGCCACGGCCACGUGCAGCUCAUUGGCUGCAUGAACUAUGCCCACCGCAUGCCCAAGGAGAAGGCCAUUAAAAGGUUUUUCAUUGAAAACAUAGUAGAUGCCACAGCAGUCAGGGAAAUUUCUGAAGCAAGUGUCUUCAACACCUGUGUUCUUCCCAAGCUAUAUGUGAAGCUAUAUUACUGCAUGGAUUGUGCCAAUCACAGCAAGGUGACCAGGAACCAUCCUCCUGAAGCAAAAGACUGAACACCUCCACUCUGAUGUAGACCUGCAGGUGCUGUCCCACGACCUCCACCAAAGCCCUUGUAAAGAUUUGAGUCCUUAAAGACUGAAGAAAAACUAAUCUGAAAGAAAAGAAAAUGGCAAUUGUAUUUAAAAAAUUAAAAAAAAUUAGAGAUACUUUCCUGGCUAUGGUUGAAGAUUUGACAAUUGAAGAAG